GGAGAAAUGGUGCUUUAGAGCAUUUAGAGCAGCCCGCCAACCCACCCGCCUCGCGCAUGCGUGAUCGGGGUGUGAACCUGGACCGGGAGCUCGGAGUAAGGGGCGUGGCAAGAGGGCGGAUCUCGCGCUGGAUGGGCUUCCCAACAUCCCUACCAUUCCAUGGCGAGAACUGUGGAGACCGGGCUCCCUACGGGCCCUCUCACCUCCAGCCCUGAGCUGCAGGGACCGUAGACCCUUAAGGAGGAAGGACUUUCUCUUUGGAAGGUGGCCUGAGUACUGAACUGGAGUGUCCUUGUUUCUCCUAUUGUCCAGGGGAACGUAGAUGCCUGGAGACACGAUCUAGGGGCUUCAGAUAAGACAGAGAUGUUGCCACCUUCAGGUUUUGCUGGGCUGGUUCCUCCCUCUCACUUCCAAGCUCGGCCCCUUCCAACUCUCCCAAGAAUGGCCCCGACCUGGGCUUCCGACAUUCCCCAGGUCCAAUCCAGGGCUGGCCAAGAUGUCGUCGAGAGGCGGCUAGACACUCAGAGAACUACAGUGACCAUGUGGGAACAGGAUGUUUGUGGAGAUGGACAGGGACCAGGGCGGAGAGGCAGGUCUCUGGAACUGGGGGUCUCCAGUGCCCUGAGCCAGCAGGCCGAGCUGAUCUCUUGGCAGCUCCAGGACUUGCGGCGGCUGGAGGAGGAGGUCCGAUCGCUACGGGAAACCUCGCUGCAGCAGAAGAUGCGGCUGGAGGCGCAGGCUCUGGAGCUGGAUGCUCUCGCCGCGGCAGAGAAGGCUGGCCAAGCUGAGGCUGAGGGCCUGCGUGCCGCCUUGGCCGGAGCCGAGAUGGUCCGGAAGAACCUGGAGGAGGGGAGCCAGAGGGAGCGGCAGGAGAUGCAGAGUCUGCACCAAGAGCAGCUGUCCUCCCUGACCCAGGCUCACCAGAAGGCUCUUGCCAGUCUGACCAGCAAGGCUGAGGGCUUGGAGAAAUCUCUGAGUAGCCUGGAAAUGAAACGGGCAGGGGAGACCAAACAGCUGGCUGUGGCCCAGAAGGAGGUGGAGCUGCUUCGGAGUCAACUGAGUAAGACCCAAGAAGAGCUGGAAGCUCAGGUGACCUUGGUCGAAAGUCUGAGGAAGUACGUUGGGGAACAGGUCCCUCCUGAGGUUCAGAGCCAGGCAUGGGAGGUGGAACGGAAGGAGCUUCUAAACACCGUGCAGCGCCUGAGGGAGGACCGCACUGACCUCCAGGACACCGUGGAGUUGCUGCAGGUUCGGGUGCAGAGCCUCAUGCACAUACUCGCCCUGCAGGAAGAGGAGCUGAUCAGGAAGAUCCAGCCUUCAGAUGUCCUGGAGCCUGAGUUUCCUAAGAAGUACCAAUCGCUGCUGCGCGGCUGGCGGGAGAAGGUGUUUGUCCUCAUGGUGCAGCUCAAGGCCCAGGACCUGGAACACAGGGACUCCAUGAAGGAGCUGAGGGGCCAGGUAGCAGAGCUGCAGGAACAAGUGAUGUCCCAGAGCCAGGAACAGGCCAUCCUGCAUCGUGCCCUACAAGACAAAGCCGCUGAGCUGGAGGUGGAGCGGAUGAGCACCAAGACCCUGCAGAUGGAGCUGAAUCGGGCUCAGGAGGCCAGGCAGAGGCAGGAGCAGCUGACCGCCUCUGCUGAGGAGCAGCUGAAGUUCUUGGUCCACGCCAUGAGCAGCACUCAGGCCAACCUCCAUAGCACCAUGACCAGGGUGAAUCAGGCUGUAGCCCGGAUUCCCAGCCUCAGCAACCGACUCAGCUAUGCUGUCCGUAAGGUCCAUACCAUUAAGGGUUUGGUGGCUCGAAAACUGUCACUUGCCCAGCUGCGCCUGGAAAGCCGUCCCCCACCCCCACCCGCACCCUCAGUGGAUGCAGACCUGAGCCUUGAGUUGGAACAGCUACGGGAAGAACGAAAUCGCUUGGAUGCAGAGCUGCAGCUGAGCGCCCACCUCAUCCAGCAAGAAGUGGGCCGAGCACGGGAGCAAGGGGAGGCAGAGCGCCGGCAGCUGAAUGAGGUGGCCCAGCAGCUGGAGCAGGAGCUGCGGUGCGCCCAGGAGUCCCUGGCCAGUGUGGGGCAGCAGCUGGAGGCAGCCCGGCAGGGCCAGCAGGAGAGCACAGAGGAAGCCGCCAACCUCCGGCAGGAGCUGACACAGCAGCAGCAGAUCUACGGGCAAGCUCUGCAGGAGAAGGUGGCUGAGGUGGAAACGCGGCUGCGGGAACAGCUCUCAGAUACCAAAAGGAGACUGAGCGAGGCCCGGAGGGAGCAGGCCAAGGCUGUGGUUUCCUUGCGCCAGAUCCAGCACAAAGCCGCUCGGGAGAAGGAGCGCAAUCAGGAGCUCAGGCGCCUGCAGGAUGAGGCCCGGAAGGAGGAAGGGCAGCGGCUGGCCCGGCGAGUGCAGGAGCUGGAGAGGGACAAGAACCUCAUGCUGGCCACCUUGAAGCAGGAGGGUCUCCUCUCCUGUUACAAGCAGCAGCGCCUGUUAGCUGUGCUUCCCUCGGGAAUGAAUAAGAAGUCGUCGGCGGUGUGCAGCUCCCAGCUUGUAGGGUCCCCAGAUCCUGAGUCUCCAGCGGCUGCACCUUCUGGAGAAUCUGUGAAAGGGUCCCUGACUGUCUUGCUCGACAACCUGCAAGGCCUGAGCGAGGCCAUUUCCCGAGAAGAGGCUAUUUGCCAAGAAGACAUCCCAAACGCUACGUGCUGCCCUUCAGACCCCUGCUGCCAGGAGCAGUGAAGCCAGCCUGGAACUGGUCCCCCGGGAGUACGGCAGGGGCAGCCUGACCUGCUCCCCAGCAAGCCUCGGGCCCCAGCUCCCACCAAGUCUGAAUUCUGCAAUAAAUAAAGAUGGCUAUAGCGGGGCGGAUGCUUGGAGAUGUCUGGGCGCUGCCUGAAGCCCGCUCUUCUCGCCCAGCUUUCCCGA